AUGGAAGGGGGGUGGCCUGCUGGGGGGGGAUUCCUCCUCUACCUCACUGUCAACCUUCUGCUUCCAGGAAAAGGUGACACUUUCACCAUCAAUUGCUCAGGCUUUGACCAGCAUGGGGUGGAUCCUGCUGCCUUCCAAGCAGUGUUUGACAGAAAGGCCUUCCGUCCAGUCAUCAACGACAGCAUCCCCACUCGUGUCAACAUCUCCUUCACCCUGUCUGCCAUCCUGGAAGUGAAUGCACAGCUCCAGCUUCUGACGUCAUUCCUGUGGAUGAAUUUGAUGUGGGACAAUGCCUUCAUCAGCUGGAACCCAGAAGAGUGUGCCAGCAUCAAUAAACUCACUGUAUCAGCUGAAAACCUGUGGCUCCCAGACAUCUUCAUUGUGGAAUCCAUGGAUGUGGAUCGAGCACCUCCAGGUCUCACUGUAUUCGUCAGCAGUGAAGGUCAAAUGACCUACGACCGGCCAGUGCGGGUGACCAGCAUCUGUAAUCUAGACAUCUUCUACUUCCCUUUCGACCAACAGAACUGCACCUUCACCUUCAGCUCCUUCCUCUAUACAGUGGACAGCAUGCUACUGGGCAUGGACAAGGAAGUGUGGGAGAUAACAGAUACAUCUCGCAACCUCAUCCAGACCCAGGGAGAGUGGGAGCUCCUGGGCAUCAACAAAGCCACCCCAAAGAUGUUGGUGGGCAGCAACCUAUAUGACCAGAUCAUGUUCUAUGUGGCCAUCAGGCGCAGGCCCAGCCUCUACAUCAUAAACCUUCUGGUGCCCAGUGGCUUUCUGGUUGCCAUUGAUGCCCUCAGCUUCUACCUGCCGGCAGAAAGUGAGAUUCGUGCCCCAUUCAAGAUAACACUUCUGCUGGGCUACAACGUCUUCCUGCUCAUGAUGAAUGACUUACUCCCUGCAACUGGCACCCCUCUCAUCAGUGUCUACUUUGCCCUGUGUCUGUCCCUGAUGGUGAUCAGCCUGCUAGAAACCAUCUUCAUCAUCCACUUGUCGCACAUGGCUACCACACAGCCCCCACCUAUGCCUUGGUGGCUCCACUCUCUGCUCCUCAAUUGUGCAAGUCCAAGGAAGUGCUGCACCACUGCACCUGGGAAGGGAAAUAAGGGCUUCGGCCUCACCCUCACCCACCUGCACGGUAUGAAGAAGCCCGUGGAGUUAGUGGAGAAGGUGCCAGGUACCAGAGGGACAGGGUUAAAUGGGUGUCCUGGGUCAACAAGGGUUCAACAGGAAGAUGAGGCUCAGAAGCAGCACUUGGUCGACCUGUGGGUGCAGUUCAGCCACAUGAUGGACACCCUGCUCUUCUGCCUCUACCUGCUCUUCACGGCCACCUCCAUCAUCACAGUCAUCGUCCUCUGGAACACCUAG